AUGAGAAAUGUUAAAUCACUUAAAAUAUUAGUACUAAAUAUAAUAAUUUUAUUUUUUAAAAACGUUUCUGGCGAUUAUUCUGCUUCGAGAUGUUACAACAAUACCGACAAUAUUCAACUCUGCUACACGUACAUAACCGAGAUAUUAGAUGCCGACGAUCGUCAAAAAUCCGACUUCGCUUGCCCGACCGGUUCAUACCUCCUCGAGUUAAGAAAUGAUACCACACUCGUCAUUUUUCAAAAAUUCAUUAAUGAUUUCAAAUCGGUAUUCUAUAAAAAACUGACAUUCCUGUUGAAUUUAAAACUAAAUACCGACAGCAAAUGGAUUGCCGUUGAUGACAGCACGACACUGACUUCCGAUUCUUCUAACGGUUACGGUUAUGCUUACCUGAAUGUUACCGGACCGAAUAAAUUCGAAAUUUUGGAAGACAGACCGACGAAUAAAUACCGAUUCCUGUGCGGAAAUAAUGAUACUCCGAUAGAGCAACCAAUGCCGUGGUACUCUGCCAGAAAUUUUUGCAUCUUUAGAGAUACCGACUUAACUGUUGUCAGUAGCACUGGCCGAAGCGAGCAAUUUAAAAACCUACCUGUUGGUCAGUACUGGAUUGGUCAUUAUAAAGAAUACUGGACUUGGGAGAGCUCUGGCUCGAAAGUAAGAUACUCGAAUUGGCGAGAGGACUACCCGAAGUUGGUAUCGGAUAGUUCCGGUCACACAAACGUUUCAGCCUAUUUUGACACUCUGUUAUGGAACAACAAUAAAUAUUACAAUUACUAUCUGGUCUGCGCCAAUGUGAACAUAGCAUUAGGCAUCUCCCUCCCUCUACUUGCCAUCAUCAUCGUUGUCUUCAUCAUCGUCGUCGUCAUCAUUCCGCGUCAGCGUCGUAAGCGACACAGCAGCAGCAGCAGCAACGACAUCAGCCCUUACGAAGUUCAACCCACGUCAGCCACAACGAAAUCCAUCGCAGUAUCGUCACCAAUGACAAAACAGCAGAAUCGAACUCCAUCCGCGCUUACUACAAUGUCUAUGGUCUCCAUUCCGACCUAUGAUAAUAACUUCACUGAUGAUCCCGCCCAGCAUAUUUAUUCCGAACUAAAUAGUGAGGAAGUUGGUCUUCGACCGACCGGCUCCCAACUACUUCUACUCUCUCCAUCGCUAUCGUCACUGACACCCCCAAAACCAUCAUCACAAAAAAUAUUACGAUCGUCAUUAUCUUCGUCAUCAUCACCAUCACCACCUCCGCGAAUAUUAUCAUCACCAUUUCCAUCAUUACCAGCACCGCCACCGAUUUCGACACCACCAUCUUUUCCACAAUACGCCAUCCCUACCAUGGACUCACCGGUUUCCAAACUCGAUCCUCCGAAUAUUCGUUCGAAUGCUCCGACAAACGGUGCUGUGCAAUCGGUUUACGAUAGCGAUAUUAUGUCCCAUCUCAACAAGAGAUAA